AGUCUAGGAAUGUGCCAAUUUGGAAUGCACCUGUAAAGAGUCACUUACUUCACAGAGUUCAUAUUUUAAAGAAGGGAAAACUUCCACAUCCAUUGUUGCUUCUGAGCUUUUGAAGUUGAAGUCAUAGGGUGGUUCCUUUAUAGGAAACUCCGAAAGAAAAUCUUCACAGUUUGAUGUCAGAAGGUACAAUGGCAAUUGUGAAACCAGAGAUGAAGUCUUACAUCUGGGUCCAAACUGCUGAUGGUUCAAUCCAACAAGUGGAGGAAGAGGUUGCCAUGUUUUGCCCCAUGAUAUGUCGAGAAGUACUUCAAACAGGCAUGGGAUCUUCCAAAAACUAUGCUAUAUCUCUUCCUCAACGAGUCAAUCCUGCCGUCUUGGGCUUAAUACUUGAUUACUGUCGGUUUCAUCAACUACCUGGCCGCUCUAAUAAGGAGCGGAAAACUUUUGAUGAAAAGUUCGUUCGUUUAGAUACAAAAAAGCUAUGUGAGCUGACAUCUGCUGCUGACAGCCUCCAGUUGAGGCCUUUGGUUGACCUUACAAGCCGUGCACUUGCUCGAAUGAUUGAAGGGAAAACUCCUGAGGAAAUACGUGAAACAUUUAAUUUACCUGAUGAUCUUACGGAGGUGAUUGUUGCUGGAAUGAAAUCUUCUCCCUCUCACCCCAAAAUCCUUUUUUUUGGGUGUCCAUUUUUGUGUAGUUGUCGUCGUUGCUUUAUCUUCUCGAACGGUCUCGUCAAAAGGGUCUCUCUCCAAUUGAAAAAUCUUGGUGUUUCGUUGCCACCGGUUACACGAAGAAUAGCAAAAGCUUCAUUAACUGUUAAGAAUACCCCUUCUUCACCUGCUAGAUCAUCACCACUCAACUCACCAGAAUCAGUGAUGGCUCAGAUUCUAGAAAAUUUAGCAGACAUACUAUUGGCCGUUCAACGAAGCAUGGAUACCAUUGCCACUACGGUUGCUGCCCAAGGCACUACUCUUGCCGCUCAAGGUAAUACUCUUGCUGAACUUCGCCGGGACAAGUUGGAGAUUGAAGUCAUGGUCUCCACACAUGACCUCGGCGUAUACGGGUUAGCUUCAAUGUCAGAUUGUGCUGCUAUUAUUUGCUCCACUGACAUCGCUGGAAAGCUAAAAAUAGAGGAAUGA